GGGUCGUCGACAGUGUCAGUACGUCUCGCGACGUCGACGGAACUUGUGUUCGUGAUACAUCCGUAGAGUAGAGUUUAUAGUGUUUGCCGGUAGUUACAUAAAUAUUAAAUAAUAUUUUAGUACACCGAUUUUUAUAGCCGCCCGAAGGGACCGUCGACCGGUCCGAAUCCACGACACGUCCAGCCGAAUCAAUCGCGUAAAAUCAUAGCGUAUCGUCGUCCUGACGGACCUCGCACAGGAGCCGGUACCACGCCGUGUCGUUCACCCCCGGCACUCCGAGCAGAAGCGAAUUUUCGAAAACGCCGAUCGUCCUUUCUAUCGGACAAAUAGACUGUGAUCUCUCGUCCCGCCGCGCUGCAACGCGACGUAUAUUCUUCCUGCCGUUGGUGAUUGGGCCGUAUUUUAUUCUUGGUUCCUUGGAUUUUGAUUUUUGGUUCUUGGUUCUUUCCAGUGCAACGAGAGUUUCGUAAUCACGGCGUUUUAUUUGACGGCUCGAUGUUAACGAGGAAAGCACUUAGUCGAUCAUAAUCGCGAAUUAUACGGUGAGUGUCGCGGCCAACGGAACGGUGGGCGUUUGCAAUUCGAGGAUAGAAGGAAUAUAGAAACGGGAAAGGAAUAAGAGUGAAAAUGGGAUGCAACACGAGCAAGGAGAGCGUUCAGCCGGUAGGGGAUGAAACGAAGGAGGACAUCAAGAACGGCGAUAUUCCGAAAGCGUCGGAAAACAGUUCAGAGAAGGUAGAGGCACAGGAGACCAAACAAGAGAAAACAGAGGCAAAGGAGCAGGAGUCGAACGGGUCGAAGGAGGAAGAGGAGAACGAAGGCGAAGCCGGGGAUAAAGAGAGGGCAGAAGCUGCUACAAGGAUACAGGCGGCAUUCCGUGGCCACCACGCUAGAAAGAGUAUGAAAGAAACUGAAUCUUCUGCGAAGCAGACGGGGACCAAAUCCAACUCGGAGCCGACCAAAGAACAACUUCAGGCAGAGUUCCGCGCCGACGACAAGGAGCUCUGUAAAGCGGCAUCGAAAAUCCAGGCGUCCUUCCGCAGCCACAUGUCAGCAAAGGAGCAGACUGCAUCCCUCAUGAAAUCGGCAGAGAAUGCUGUUGUAAAUGUUGUCUCCGAGCUGGAGGACAAGGCGAAGGACGCCAUGAACGAGCUGGAGGGCAUUGAUCUCACGGAUCCAGACCUCCACAAAGCAGCGACGAAAAUCCAGGCGAGCUUCCGCGGUCACAAAGUGCGCCAGGAAGUGUUAUCGACUCCUGGGAGCAACGAAGAGAUUAAGAAAUAAACAGCAGAAACCACACAAACAGAGUAGCUGAUCUUUCGAGAAUCGAAUCGCCGAUAGUUCGCCCGAAACGAAGCAACAAAAAAUCCAAGUGAAAAGUAAACCGAACGAUCAAACAGUAGCAAAGGAGUCGGGCAUCAUCUUUUGGUUUUUUGUUUGUCGUCGAGUCCGCUUCUAUGCGAUCGCAUGCGAAUCAUUAGUAACGUCGAACGCGUCCAAUACACGAUGGCUUAGAAUCGUAAACGAUCUUCUUUGAAAAGCUUAACAAUUCGAACGAAAUGUCGAAAGUAGAGGAACGAACAACCCGCCCGUAUCAAAAUUGCAGUUCAACGCGACGGGACUACGUCGCUGCGAAAGAAGCGAAUUACCGAUCGUUCCGCGUAGAGUCUUUUCUGUUUUCGAUUUCUUCGAAGAUGGUGUAACCCCCCUUCGUAUUAAACAGCCGAAUCGCGCGUUUUCAGUUCUAUUUACGUUUGAACACAACCGCGCGUAUACCUGUCGCGAAAGCCGCGUUUCGACUCUAGCAUUUACCAAUCCUACAUUUCCAAAUAUGCUACCGCGAACCUUUAAACGCCGGUAUCGAGAUUCCUCAGCUCGUUACCAGAAAUUGGCUCCCCGUAAUAAAGCACGACCUGUGGCCCCGUGGCCCCGUGGCACGUAACAAACGAGUCGGAAGAUCGAGUAGGUCACCGAGCGAACAAUAAAAUACGACCGUGCCCAUAAUAAGCAUCGUAGAUGCAUUAUGUUCGAUUCAGCGAACAAAUUUAACCACUAGAGAAGGACUCUAUUUUUCCCUCGUAAAACCGUCUGAGAGACGCAAAUGAGAACGAAUCGCUCGAAAAAUAAUAGCCUCGGAAGCUCGUCUUACGACGUGCUCUUGAAAAAUCAAGCUCUUGCCAGCCGAAUCGAUUUCCUAAGAAGUUUUCUAUCGCUUAAAGAGGCGCGACGAGAGAAAGCAAAAACAAUGUAUUCCUACGGUCUUGCCGUUAUAAAAUUUUUGUCAUCGGUAAACGAACAAUAGGAACGAUGAUUUCGAUCUUGUACUUUAAAAUAUCGAGAUGGGCCAACGUUCUCGAGCAGUGAUUGCGUCAAAUAUUUUAUGAAAACCCGAUAACAGAACGUAUUUUGCCCUUCUACAAGCUCGUUACGUUAUAGAAAAUAGCGUCGAGACUCGACGACCCAGCGACUCGGCCAUUUGUAUCGGACAGUUGUCCCCUCGCGAAUCGCGAAUCGCGAUUCGCGAUUCGCAAUGCAUUCACGAACGGCACACGCAUGCACGCGCACAGGCACACCGACCGAAAUGAGGAAUUGACAACUGGUUGAAAUAUCAAACGUCCGCACGCGACCACACAAAACGUAGAGUAACGAAUCCUCGCGAGUCCAGGACAGCGAAUGAAAGGAGUGUUCCACUGCGAGUGAAUCGAUUCGGGAAGAUACGAGACGAAAGAAAACAGUUGUAACCUUUGAUAAUCAUUUGAAAGUUGAACCCAAUUCUCUUCUUUUUACCUGUUUAACGUAAUCAAGCCGUACAGAUUAUGAUUAAACCACGAGAGACUCGUCGAUCUUGCUACACAAGAGUACUCUAAGUCUACGAACGAAUUACAAAGAAAUAAUUAUGUACGUAGGUGUAAUGAUAACGACAGAAACAAUGAAGAACGACUAUAUUCACCGAACCAAUUGUACCAAGAGAAAAGAAAGUGUGUGCGAAAAAAAAAACGGGAGCAUACGUACAUACAUAUUUAACCGACAGUGAUGGUACCGUCGAGGUUGCAUUGCUCCAACGUUAAGGAUAUCUAUUGCGAUGUGUUGACACGCGAGUUAUUAUUUUUUAACGAUAAGAUGCAAAUAUUUUGAUGCUUUUUAUCACGUACAGCACGCGUUAUGGGCAACACAAGCGUCGAUAUUUGCGAACCCUGUAGACGCGAUAGUCGCGAUAUGUUCAACAUCCUAGUCGGACUGCCAUUAAUAAAGAACACUGCGCUUCGUGUUAUUCUGUUCUCUCAUCUAGUCCGUUAAUUUCUCUUCGGUUUCGAUUCCAUCUACCUUCGUCUACCUUUCGAGUUGUUUCGAUCGAAUUGGUCAUUCGGUAGUACAGCACACAUUGUUUUUAGCAGGCCUAAAAACGCUGCGCCAGUUUUUGUUAUCGUUACCGGCACUCGUGCCAUACCAUUUUCUCAGUUUCAUCCCUUUUUCCCAUAUUUUCACUCCAUUUCUUGUCAGCACGAUCACGAGGAAAAACCAGUCGUAAUAUAGCCUUGUUCAUAAUUAUUCUGAUUCGAUAUAGAGAAUAUUUUCAUGAUUCGUUGGAAUGUUUCCAUAAGUGGAACGUUGUAGAUAUGAAAUUUUCUAGUAAUUUUCUUCAAUAGUUUAUCUAUUCGAAUGUAUAUCGUUUCAGAAUUUGUUUCAUUGACUAUUUUAACGAAUAUCUUUAAUAUAAAUAUCUAAUAUCAAUUAUUGCAGAAGUUGAACGACUAAUAAAUAUUUUCAUGCGUUGACUCGUGGAUUGAAUAGAUUAUCUAGAAACAGAGAAUAUUUCUCUUUUAUCCGUUUCUAAUUAUUUACAAGUGCAUCGUGGAACAAUUAGCUCUGAUAUUUGCAUAUUUUGCAUAUUGAUGAUUGCAUACUUAUUGUAUUAUCAAUUGUAAAACACCUUUUCAAUUUAAAGAUUAAUAAGCAGAAGAGAAUGAAUUCUUUACGAAAAUAUUGAUCAGUUUCAUUAUACAUGCAUGCCUGUUCUUGUAUUACAUGUAUAAUUUAUGGCGUGCUGGGUUUAUCGCAAUAUAAAUCGGCGGUGAAGGCUGUUAUCGUUCCAAUAGUCUCUUCAAUGAUUUGACCGUUGAUAUUGGUUAUAGUUUUUUCUUUCCUGUAAAUACAGUAAGUAUUUUUACGCUUAAUUCUGUGAAUUUAAUAAUUCUAAUUAAUUAAUAAUUCUGUGAAAUAAUUUUACUAAAAAGAAAUGAUGCAUUAACGAACAUUAAUUUCAUUGAUCAGUUACUGCUCGUAGAGAUGGUGUUUGUAUCGAUGAUUCUUCGCAUUGCGUUUUAAUGGACUAAUACAGUACUUUCGCGAUCAAUAUUUAGUGUCUUCAUUAUGGUUCUUGAUUAGAAAGCACGUUAUUCAAAAGUUUGUUAUACUUUUCCCUUAUUCUAAUAAAUUUUUCGUCGAAUUACUAUUUGCUGUAUAAUUGAAACCAAUUUUCCAAAUUUUACACAAUGCCGACUUUAUUCAUUUCGUAUCAGUGUCUUUUGUUUCUUUUUGUCGUCAAAAUAACAUUUUUCUUAAAUACUUAUGCUUCGUAUUAGUAUAUUUUAACAAUUAUCAGCCUUCUUCUAUAUACUCGCUAAUACUUUGUUUAGUAAUCUAUUUAAUUAUAACUUCUCAUUCAUUCUGAAACAAUGCUGACGAGUAAUAAUGAAAUAUUGAUAAAAGAAUUUUUUACUUCUUUCGUAAUUUUCUGCCGUUUUCUAACCGUAUCCUUAAAUCGUUUAUUCUAAUAUAAUAUUACCAUACACACAAUAAUAAUUGAUAGCCGUAUGAAUAAUUUUUACUUCGCAAUUCUUCGCCUUGGUUGUAAUAUUGUUUUUGCGGCGUAAUAUUCAAAAAGAUUUAUAUUUAUGCACUAUCUUUGCGUAGAGCAGGCUAUUAAUGAAAACAGGUUUCGUUAAUAUAUUAUAAAGAAUUUAAUAAUUAAAAAAAUUAUAAUUAAGCUACUUUCACAAAUAUUAUAUAAAAAAUAAAAAAAUUUAUAGAGUUUUUCAUGCGUUUACUUUAAUUUUAGUAUGAGACAGUAAUCCCCGACGUGCGUUGUCACGUAUCUCGAUAUUUUGAAAUAGAAAUGCAACGACAUGCACAAAUGGUACUUGAAGCGAAAUGUCAUACAAAAUUUUAACACGCAUAUGUAUUCGACAGUCGUAUAGGAAGAUACUUUUUCGACGAAAAAUUAGUUGCAAAGCGAUCGUGAUUUCAUUAUUAUUUCGGACGGAAACUUUGUAUAAUGACUAAAAUGAUGUGUAUAUUGUACAGUGCACAUUACUAAAAGAAUUUCUUAUCAUUUAAUAUAUUGUAUAAGUGCUGUAACUGCGCUGUGAAAAAAUAAUUCAUUUCAUUUCAAAGAGAUUACUCUUUAAAAUCUCUCUGCAAUGUGCUCUCCAUACUCGUAAUUGUCUCGUUCUGUCGUUUUGUAAUCGCGUCUUGGUAUUUAUUGUUAAACGAAUCAACGAUUUCUUUAUCCCUGUGUCCUUCCUAUAUCCGCUCUGUCGUUCUAUUAUACCGUUGCUCUUAAAUUGUUCAACAAAGAAGAUCGGUCAAAAAAGAUAUUUCAUGUUUAAAUCAUAUUUCUUCGAUUUCCAUGUAUUCGGUAUAAUUUUCAACUAUCCUUCGUACUUCUUUACUCCGAAAUCUCUUACUCUUACUUCACGUACCGCUUUCUAGAAAGCUAACAAACGUGUUACUAUCGUUGAAAAUGUCUAUGGGAAUUAAUUCGUCGUGGACAAAAAUAAAUUAGGUGAUUUAUAACAAACGAAGGAUGAAAUCGUUAUGCCAAUGAAAAAACGUUGAAUAAAAAUUACUUUGAACGCAUGAUAUUGAAAGCCGAUUCACACUGCGACGCGUCGAGUCUCGGCAACGACACGCUAAAAAUUCUGUAGAAAGAACUCUAGUAUACAUUAAAAUCUAUUUAUAAUAUUAUAUUCCUGUUAUAGUAAAUACAAUUUGUAUGCUACACGUACUAAGAGGCUCCGCUACCAAAUAUUAUUAUAACCCAUAUUAACACUGCAUACAUAUACAUAUUAAUACUAUUACCAUUGUAUUUAUAUUAUAUAUUAUAUAUUAUAUGUGUACAAUAAUAUUAAUAUUACCAAAUAUAUUUGUGAUCUCCGUCAAUAUGACGUCACAUUUACAACUGUUCAUUAUUAUUGCCGUUUAGUGGGGAUCGGCUUUAUAUUUUGACGAGAAAAUGGUCGUCCGUUUACAAGCAUAUUAUUAACAUUUUGUUACAUCCACCGGCCGAGAUUCAAGAAUGCGAACUUAAAAAAUCGGGCUAUCCACGAGGUUUCACCCGAAAAUGAAAAUUCUUCUCCCAAGGAUUUGUCUUGGGAGUAAACAAACGCGGUUGCAUAACUUUAUUUGCUGCAAGAAAAAUUAUUGCUCGAACGAUUCGUAGUAUUAAUGUGUAAUUGAGACUAUUUAACUAUAUUGGAGCUUCUGUAGUUACGUAUACGUCUUUUGGGAUUAAAGAGGGAGAUUGUUGUAAUAAAUAUAGGCAUUUUCUUCGGUACGUGACGAUACCACACAGAUCUAUAGAUUAGUAACGCACGAGGUGUUGCGGUAAAUUAUAUUUUAAGAAUGUAAUAAACAAUUGUAAUGUUUAAACGAGCAGUAUCAUGUAUGUUAUCUGUUUGUUUAAAAUAAAUAUCCUUUAAGUGUA